CUAGUCCACCUGCUUUGCCUUGCGAGACCUGAACUCUCGUCGUCUCCCUCCUGCUCGCUGCCCUUCCCAUUCCCAAGGCUCAGCAGGCUCCAGUCCAGCCCGGCCUCGAGGCGCCCCUCAAGGACGACGAGAUGGCUUCGCUGCCUCCCGACUCCGAUCAGGUUUUGGUAGAAGCAAAUGGCUCUACACGGACACUGAUUUUGAAUAGGCCAAGGCAAUUGAAUGCACUCUCCUCCGCAAUGAUUAUGGGACUCUUGAAGUGUUUCACUGCUUAUGAGAGAGACGAUGGAGUUAAAUUGUUGAUUAUGAAGGGUAAAGGAAGAGCAUUUUGUGCUGGAGGUGAUGUUGCUGCAGUUGUCCUGUCUAUAAAAGAAGAUAGCUGGAAAUAUGGUGCUGAUUUCUUCCGAAAUGAAUUUUUGUUAAACUACAUCAUUGCUACUUAUGGCAAACCUCAGGUUUCUCUUCUUGCUGGAAUUGUUAUGGGUGGAGGCGCUGGUGUUUCUUUACACGGAAAGUUUCGAGUUGCCACUGAGAACACGGUUUUUGCAAUGCCAGAAACAGCAUUGGGACUCUUUCCAGAUAUAGGGGCUUCUUAUUUUCUGUCUCGGCUACCGGGGUUCUAUGGAGAGUAUGUUGCACUGGCUGGUGCAAGAUUGGAUGGUGCGGAAAUGCUUGCAUGUGGUCUGGCAACUCAUUUUGUCCAUUCAAAUAGGCUGCCGUUGCUGGAAGAAUCGCUUAAAAGGGUGGAUACUUCUGAAUCUUUUGCUGUGUGUGGUAUUAUUGAUCAAUUUUCUCAACAGCCAUCACUGAAAGAAAAUAGUUCUCUGAAUAGGCUGGAAAUCAUCAACAAAUGCUUUUCCAAACGAACAGUUGAAGAAAUCAUAUCUGCUCUUGAACAAGAGGCCUCAAAUUUGGCUGACGAAUGGGUUGCUGCUACAAUCCAGUCCUUGAAAAAGGCCUCUCCUACCAGUCUGAAAAUCUCUCUGAGAUCGAUAAGAGAAGGGAGAACACAAACUGUUGGGGAAUGCCUACGUCGGGAAUAUAGGAUGGUUUGCCAUGUUGUGCGUGGUGACUUCAGCAGAGACUUCUUUGAGGGAUGCAGGGCUAUACUGAUAGAUAAAGAUCGAAACCCAAAGUGGGUGCCUCCAAGAUUGGAACAAGUACACGAUGAGGUGGUUGAAAAAUAUUUCUCCAAAGUUGACGAUCCACAGUGGGAAGAUCUGAACCUACCGACUAGACAGGCGAAUAAUUCACAUGGAAGAAUUCUUGUUCCCAAGCUUUGAUUGACAGGCGAAUAAUUGAACGAAGCCUCGAAUAAUUGAAUAAUUUGUCAGAGUACUUGAUAAUUAUCUGUAAAAUGUCUGAUAUGUGACGGCUCUUUAGAUAAAAGGCAUUAUUAAUCGUUA